UUCUCCAAUAGUCACUAUUACUACUACUAAGAAAUCAAUAUUCCAACCACACCCAUGUCGAGUUUUUCCUUUGAAUUUCCAUGCUCUCUUUCUCUUCAUGCUAUCGGCCUUUCUUUCUCCUUCUACUACUCAUCAAAACCUCCCAUGUGAUCAUUAAUGUUACUCAUGCAGCUCGCCAACUGGGUAAUUUUCAGGAUUCUGAUGAUGCUCCAACGCACUUAAACUUCUUCCGUUCCGCUUUACGUGGAAGGCAAAGAGUGUUGUCAUGUGCUACUGAUCCUGGAGUGUGCUUGGAUCGUGAGAAGAAUCCAUGGGGUGGUACCACGUGUUGUUUUCGACAAUUCUGCAAGGAUACUUUGAAAGAUUCAAGCCACUGUGGAGCUUGUGGAACAGCUUGUGGCUAUGGACUCGUUUGCUGCGAUGGAAAAUGUGUGGAUGUUCAGACUGAUCCUCAACAUUGUGGCUCCUGUUUUGAGGAGUGUCCUGGAAUAAACAAAUGUGUGUUUUCAAUGUGUGAUUAUGGUGGAUGAAUAUUUGAUCAGUUA